AUGGCUUCCCCACUUCCACUUCCAUCUCCACUUCACUGCUUGUCAUAUAAACAACCACCUCACAAAAUCUAUCUUCAUCUAUGCUUUGAAGUGAGUCAAAAUAUGAAGAUUAUGAACUUUUCAUACCACAUUCUUCUCUGUUUGCUAGUUUUAUGCAAUUGCAGUGCAGAAGCUCAAGAUCCUUUGGGAGAUUUCUGCAACAAAGAUAGCACUAAAAUAAGUAAUGGCACUCAAAUAUCACAAAAUAUUGAUAGCUUGUUGGCUGAAUUGGUUCCGAAAACUGCCUCAACCGGCUUUUUGGCUACCACCUAUGGGGAAAACCAAGACCAAGUCUAUGGCCUGGCUCAGUGCAGAGGUGACGUUGUGGGCACCAAAGACUGCUCAAGUUGCAUCCAAGACGCCACGAAGCAAAUCCGCCAGCGCUGUCCGAACCAAGCAGACGCGCGAAUUUGGUAUGACUAUUGCUUCUUGAGGUACAGUUACAAGAGCUUCAUUGGGGAAGUUGACACAUCAUAUGGUAUAUUUUACUAUAAUGUUGACAAUGUGACCGACCCCGAGAAGUUUAAUGAGGAACUAGGAGCUGUGACAGAUAAGAUUAGGGCACAAGCUGUUGUGCCGGAGAGUGGAGGGCUCGGGAAAGGUGAGACAAAGCUAUCACCAUUUGUGACACUAUAUGCUUUGGUGCAGUGCACAAGGGACUUGUCUAAGCUAGGCUGCUCUCAGUGCCUAGCUAUUGCAGUGGGAAAUUUCCCAACUUUUUGUAACAACAGAAAGGGAUGUAGAGUUUUGUAUAGUAGCUGCUACGUUAGAUAUGAGCUCUAUCCAUUUUUCUUCCCUCUUGAUUCAAACAAUACGCUGCAUGCCGUGGAUGAUAAUAAUGUAAUGGCUAUAGCUUAUCCAUAAAAUUUGUACGUCUAGUAUACAAUAUUCCGAAAAGAAGAUGCACAAAGUGCAGUAAAGAGGGGCACUGAACCAUGUUUUAUUA